AUGGAGCUCCCCAACUACAGCCGGCAGCUGCUGCAGCAGCUUUACACGCUGUGCAAGGAGCAGCAGUUCUGCGACUGCACCAUCUCCAUCGGGACCAUCUACUUCAGGGCCCACAAGCUGGUCCUGGCUGCUGCCAGCCUCCUGUUCAAAACCCUGCUGGACAGCACAGACACCAUCUCCAUCGAUGCAUCCGUCGUGAGCCCCGAGGAGUUUGCCCUCUUGUUGGAAAUGAUGUACACCGGCAAGCUACCUGUGGGCAAGCACAACUUCUCCAAAAUCAUCUCCUUAGCCGACAGCCUACAGAUGUUCGACGUGGCUGUCAGCUGUAAAAACCUUCUGACCAGCCUCGUAAGCUGCUCUGUCCAGGGUCAGGUGGUGAGGGAUGUCUCCACACCAUCCUCAGAGCCAUCCAGCAAGGAGUCAGAGAAGCCCGAAAUGGAAAUCCUUUCCUCCGAGAGUGCUGGAGAGCAUCACGCUUCCCCGGAGGUCUCCACUCCUCCAGGGGGCCCCGUGAAAGCGGAGGUGAAGCACGGGGUCCAUACGGCAGGUCAAGAGAUGAGAGUGGAUCCUCCCGCUGCCCAGGAGGUUCAGGGGGACACAGACACCCCAGUGUCUCACUCAGCUGAAGUUUGUCCUUCCCACCCUGUUGUACAAACCUUUAUUGAGGCAAAGGAAGCAAGCACAGAACAAGAGUAUGAGAGGAAACAUUACCAGCUGAAUUUUCUUCUAGAAAAUGAAAAAAUCUUUUCAGAUGCACUCUUGAUUACCCAGGAUGUUUUAAAAAGACUAGAAGAGUGUUCAGAAAUUAAAGAUGUGCAGAAGCAGAUCAUAAUGGGAUGCCUUGAGGGUGAAGGACAAUCAGCAUUUCAGAGAAUCCUGGAUAAAGUAAGAAGUGAGAGCCUGGAUGUUCAGACCGUUGUGUCCUUGUUGCGGCUGUACCAGGAUUCCAGUCCUGCAGUCAAGACAGCACUGUCAGAUGGAAAGCCGGAGGCUGUAGAAGCAGAGCAGCUGAAAGGGAGCGUAGAGGAGGGAAAGACCUUGUCUGUCCUGUUGCUGGAGCACAAAGAGGGCCUGAUCCGGUGUGUGACACAGCUGAGGCCCAUUUUGGAGUUCCUGGAGACAGCGGAGGAGGAAUUCCUGCCUGGCUCUGAGAAAACGGUGAUUCUGAAUUGCUGUGAGGGCAGAACACCCAAGGAGACAAUAGAAAAUUUGUUGCACAGAAUGUCUGAAGAGAAGACCCUGAGUGCCGAGAGUUUGGUAAAAUUGCUGCAGGCUGUGAAGAUGACGUUCCCAGACUUGGGCCUUCUGCUGGAGAAUUUGCAGAAAUUAGCCGCUUUGCCGAGCACCACAGCUCAAGCAAACCCUGAUGACUAUGGGAUUGAACUAUUGAGACGGUAUCAGGAGAACCUCUCUGAGAUUUUCACAGACAACCAGAUGUUACUAAGAAUGAUCCCACAUGUGAAGAGUGUAGUCCCUGGAGAAAAAGAGGUCAUGGAGAAGCUCGUGAGACGUGAUGCUGGUUCCGGCGGCUUCAGUGCUCUGAUGUCAGCAGUUCUAGAAAAGCACACACUGUCUGCAGCGGCCAUCUGGCAACUGCUCCUGGUGGCUCAGGAGACGAAGACCUGCCCGUUGAAUCUGCUCAUGGAGGAAGUACGAAGGGAGCCCGGCGCUAACGCUUUCUUCCGGGCAGUGAUGACCCCAGAAAGUGCUGCCUUCGAGACCAUCCUGAGGCAUCACAGCUCGAUCCUAGAGGCCAUCCAGCAAACGGUUCAGCUCAAGUGCCUGGCCUCAGAGGAAGAGCAGCUGGCAGAGACUGUGAGAGAGAUUCUGAGCAGCUCCUCUGAGACAGCCAGCCCCGAAGCUUCCCUGGGAGCACUGCUGAGCAGAGCUGCGGAAAAAUCCAUCUCAGCCACUGAAAUAUGUCAGCUCCUGUGCAGCGUCCACAGAUCCUCCCCAGGCCUGCAGCCUGUGAUGCAGGAGUUAGUGUGCACUGGUUUCCUUACUCAGGAAAAGGGAGAGAAGGAAAGGUGGACAGUGAGUGGUAAAUUUCACUCUGAAGGCAAGGACAAAGCAGGUGAAAAGCCAGCCGGAGAAGACCACCAGCCUGGAAACCAGGACGGUCAAGGAGAGAUGGCUGCCUUGCCCGAGCAGCAGGAGAAAGACCCGUCUGCCUCCCCAGACUCUGCCAAGAAGAGCUUCGUCUGUAAGGCCUGCGACAAGAGCUUCCACUUCUACUGCCGCCUCAAGGUGCACAUGAAGCGCUGCCGGGUGGCCAAGAGCAAGCAGGUGCAGUGCAAGGAGUGUAACGAGGCCAAGGACUCCAAGAAGGAGCUGGAGAAGCAUCAGCUGGAGGCCCACGGCGCGGCUGCAGGGUCCAGCGUCCCCAAGAAGAAGAAGAAGAGGCUCCCGGUGACCUGUGACCUCUGCGGACGAGAAUUUGCUCAUGCCUCAGGCAUGCAGUACCACAAACUGACAGAGCAUUUUGACGAGAAGCCGUUCUCCUGUGAAGAGUGUGGGGCAAAGUUUGCGGCCAAUUCUACUCUGAAGAACCACCUUCGCCUUCACACGGGGGACCGGCCCUUCAUGUGCAAGCACUGCCUGAUGACCUUCACCCAGGCCUCUGCCCUGGCCUACCACACCAAGAAGAAGCACUCAGAAGGGAAGAUGUACGCCUGCCAAUACUGUGACGCUGUGUUUGCCCAGUCCAUCGAGCUGUCCCGUCACGUGAGGACGCACACCGGCGACAAGCCAUAUGUCUGCAGAGACUGCGGCAAGGGCUUCCGGCAGGCCAAUGGGCUUUCCAUCCACCUGCACACCUUUCACAACAUCAAAGACCCAUACGACUGCAAGAAGUGCAGGAUGAGCUUCCCCACCCUGCAGGACCACCGCAAGCACAUCCAUGAGGUGCACUCCAAGGAGUACCACCCCUGCCCGACGUGCGGCAAGAUCUUCAGUGCUCCGUCCAUGCUGGAGCGGCACAUGGUGACCCACGUCGGGGGGAAGCCCUUCAGCUGCGGGAUCUGCAACAAGGCCUACCAGCAACUGUCCGGCUUGUGGUACCACAAUCGGACCCACCACCCGGACGUGUUUGCUGCACAGAACCAUCGAUCUUCCAAGUUCUCGUCCCUCCAGUGCAGCUCCUGUGACAAGACCUUCUCCAGCACCCUUGAACACAAGAAGCACAUCAAAACAGAGCAUGCAGACAUGAAGUUCCACGAGUGUGACCAAUGCAAGGAGCUCUUCCCCACGCCAGCCCUGCUGCAGGUUCACAUCAAGUGCCAGCACUCAGGGUCGCAGCCCUUCCGCUGCCUGUACUGUGCGGCCACCUUCCGCUUCCCGGGGGCCCUUCAGCACCACGUCACCACCGAGCACUUCAAGCAGUCGGAGAGUACUUUCCCCUGUGAGCUCUGCGGGGAGCUCUUCACCUCCCAGGCCCAGCUGGACUGUCACCUGGAGUCUGAACACCCGAAGGUGCUGGGCGCUGAAACCCAGUCGCAGAUGGUGCAGGUGAUCCAGACCCCAGAGCCGGUGGCCCCGACGGAGCAGGUGAUCACGUUGGAGGAGACCCAGCUUGCUGGCUCACAGGUGUUCGUGACGUUGCCGGAUUCACAGACAGCCCAGACCAGCUCUGAGCUCGUGGCCGUGACCGUGGAGGACUUGCUGGAUGGGACCGUGACCCUGAUCUGUGGGGAGGCCAAAUGA